ACCCGCAUCGCCGACUCCCGCAAAACAAUCCAAACCUUCCACCAAGAGCCCGGCGAGCGCAAAACCACCCUCGAAACGUUCUCGCGAGCCUUUGUCUUCGACCUCUGAAAAGCGCAAGAAAAUCUCGCAUCGCAGCAGCAACGCCUCUCGAGAUACAAGGAGUGCACCCAUUCUUGUCAACACGGACGGAUUCGUGACGCAGCAAGAUGUCAUAGUCGUUCCAUCCGACGAGGAGGAAGACGAGGACGAGAUGAUGAUGGAGGCAGAGCAGGAGCUGGGUCCGGAAACCCUAGACGCAGGAGAUCGCGUAGCGGAGACGAAGCAGCGGGCGUGGUCGCCGAGUCGCCCGCUGCGGUCGUCACCUUCGUCUUCUUCACUGUCAGAUGGGGACGAGGGUGUGAAGGAGGAACCGGUGGUAGGAUAUAGGAGGCAGCAGGCGAAGGAGGAAGUUGACGGACGGAUGUCGACCUACGUAUACUCGCCUUCGCAGAACGCGUUCGCCCUUUCUCCCGACGAAGCCGACGCGUUUCUUCAUUUACCCUCUGCCAUCCACUCGAAAGCGCCUGCAGCGGCUCUGCUGCUACGCCCAGACGAAACACUCUCGCUCCUUGGCACCUACAACCUCAUUAUCCUCGCUGGGCAUGUCACCAUCGCAGGAAGUCGGCUUUCACCAACAUCAGGCAGCCAGAACGUCUUUGCGCCUCGCUCCGCUCCGAUACCUUCCAUCACCGCCCUGCCGCCUCAUGAUACUGCUUCUCACGAGAAUCAUCUCUCAAAACUGCCUGACCGCGUUCAGAGCAUCGUUGCAAGCCGCGGUGGCGCCCUUGGAGCGGUGAUCCUCAUACGCAGAUUGGAUACCGGCGUUGAGGGGCUAGGUCGCGUAUGUCGCGUCUUUGACGGGUUCUUUGCACCUCGAAGAAUGGAAAGGUGGCAGGAGGUAGGGAGCACCGGUACUUGGAUUGUUCCCGAGCCUUCACGCGACGUCCAGCCACUGGUGCUCCCGCCUUCAUGGGAGCACUCGUUGGCGUCCAUCUGCCCUGAUACGGGCCCAACCGACGCGAUGGAUGCCGAUGGCGGACAUGUUAGCGGCGAUCCCGACCCCGACAAUACGCCGGUCAUUUUGGUACGUGGUGCAAAGAAGUCUGGUAAGAGCACGUUUGCAAGAACUACUGUCAACCGCUUGUUUGGAAGCUAUCGUCGAGUCGCGUUCUUGGAGUGCGACCUCGGGCAGAGCGAGUUCAGCCCAUGUGGUAUGGUAGCUUUGAACAUCGUCGAGCAGCCCCUUCUUGGACCACCUUUUACCCACCCAUCCCUGCCUUAUCGCGCUCACUACAUCGGCUCCACUUCGCCACGCUCCUCCCCCUCUCACUACGUCUCCGCUAUCCGAAGCCUCGUCGAGGCUUAUAUGCACGACGUCAGGCUGGCAUACAUCGACGAGACAGGCGACGGCAGCGGGCGCCUUUCUGCGAUUCCACUCGUGGUGAACACCAUGGGCUGGACAAAAGGCCUCGGAGCUAUGCUGAACCACGCUGUCGAGGACAUCGUAGGUCCCACCGAAGUCUGCGUCGUCGGCGACGCUGGCGAGGAUACGCCUUCGGCGCCCGCGUUCGACUCGCAGUCAGGCAUGUAUCACGAUAGCGCCGCCCUCGGGACCUUCGGCUUCGUCGGUCCAGCGGGUCCAGCGUGGGGCAACAGCCACAACCAACGCGGACCCCGUGUGCACAUGAUCACGCCUGUCUCUGGCGACGCCUCAGCUGCGUUCUACAAUGCAGUUGAGCAGCGCAAUCUCGCGCUGCUCUCGUACUUCCACGCCGUCUUCCCGCCGUCGUCUUCGUCUGCGGCGCUCAGGCAGGUCACAGCGCAGACAUGGCAGACAACACUCCCGCUCUGCGCGGUCCCUCCGUACGCGGUCGACUGGGUACAGGCUGUCGACCGUGUCGUGCUCACUGGUGCAGGGAGCGAGGACGUUGUACCGCGCGAGAUCGAACGCGUCAUGAACGGCGCGAUAGUUGGCCUUGUUGCGUGCGAAGCUGGCUCCCUCGAUGCACUCACCGACAAUGUCUCAGGCCAGGGCGAUGACCACGAAAAAGGUUCACCGGCUCGAAGCUACCCAGCUGUGCCCUACACCCAAGGCGGCGCGCCCCCCGACCCGGCGUCCUCUACCUGUACUGGGCUGGCGCUCGUCCGGGCCGUGGCGCCGAACGCGCCCGUUAUGCACAUUCUCACGCCCGUCCCUCCCCGCACGCCCUCUGGCACCAGUGUCGGCAGUGUCGGCGGGUAUGUGCUCCAAGACACAGCACCGCGCGUGCUCGUCAAGGGCGAGCUCGAGCUGCCCGUGUGGGGCAUGCUCGACUUCCGCGAGGCGGAGGGCGGUGUGGCGGGCGUGGAGCGGGGCAGGGUGCCGUUCCUGAAGUGGGGAAGGGGAGAGGGUGUGGGUGGGGAGAGGAGGCGGGUGAGGCGGAAUCUGAUGCGGAGAGGGCAGGCUUGAGCUGCCCUAGGAGGGUGCGUGGGGUGUAAAAGCGGGUAGGCGAUGCGGGGAUGGAAGGAUGCGAUGGCCAAAAAAAGAACUAUUCAGUACCCAGUCCCAGCUAAGACUGUCCGAAAUGCCGUGGUCUAGGCCAGGGCACGGAACAUGUACUCGAACAACGUGCUUUACGCCUGGUGCAACGCUCUGAUUUUUCUUCAUUCUUGUCCCAGUUCCAGACGACAAAAAUACGCUUAUCGACAAAGAGCCAUCGGCACGGGUGCCUGUAUCGCCAAGAGCGUUACGGCAGCCUAUUGUUAGCCGCUGCGGGAAAUCGUUUGCGUGGCGAAAGUCUGAGUGUUGUGCCUUGGGGCUCCACUUUCUCCGUACUUGGCUCAGGGGGUAGAAGUUUGAUCUCGAGGUGUCGACACACUCGUAGCCAUCGUGGCGUUGCAAGCCCGGAUAUCGAUGAAAUGAGGAGACUCAAGACCAUGACCUAAACUACCCCUUGAUGGAGAAAUUAGUGGUUUCUGGUGAUAUCAGAAACUAUUACUCGAACUGUUGGGAGCUAAAAACAGCCUUCACAGCUCGAGGCCAAGGCCGUUGAAUGAAUGGAACUAUGGAAGAACAUAUCACUCGAUGCUUCCCUCCAGCACGACCUGUGAGAUAAGCGUUUAUAACUCCUUCGACCUUGUGGUCGGGCAUAUCUCGCCAGAGGCACGGAUCUGGCGCGAUCAGAAAUUUCCAGCGCGCGGGGACCACACGCAAGCCCUUCCAUCCCAC